UCUAUCGUUAAACUUUACAGAAGUUUUAUAGUAUUUAUCUGACUUUAUUUGAUACUGUAAAAUGCCUCUUAAUGAAUCUUCUCUCUACCCUAUCGACUACAUUAUUUUCAUAGCCACGUUAGCGGUCAGUACUUUAAUUGGAUUGUAUUUCGGAUGUAUGGGCAACAGACAAUCAACUGUUAAAGAAUAUGUACUAGGAGGAAAGAGAAUGAGAAUUAUUCCGGUGGCGGUAUCAGUUGCCGUGAGCCACUUUUCUGGUACCGCGCUCCUCGCAAUACCAGCAGAUGUUAAUAGAUACGGAGCGAGUGUUUGGUUGUUCGUUUUUGCAUUUCUAGUGAUGAGUACUGCAGCUGUUUUCGUCUAUCUACCAGUUUUCUUCAAACUACAACUGACCAGUACUUACGAAUAUUUAGAGAAACGGUUUGACCACAAAACAAAAAUUUUGGGUUUAUUCUUUUAUAUACUGGCUGAGAUUCUCACGUUCCCGAUUCUUGUGUACACUCCAUCUCUAACUUUUACCACUGCUAGCGGAAUUAACGUUCAGGUGAUCGCAGUAGUACUAUGUGCUAUAUGCAUCUUCUACACUUCUCUAGGAGGUCUCAAAACUGUAGUCUGGACCGAUUUUCUUCAGUUCAUCAUUAUAAUGGCAUGCUUGGUUACUAUUUACACCAUCGGGCUUAAUCAGUCUGGAGGAUUUCUACAAAUCUGGCAAACAGCAUCCCUCGGCGAACGACUACAAGUUUUUAAUUUUGGUUUGGAUUUUACAGCUCGAGACAACUUCUGGGGGCUCAGUUUGGGUUGUGGAGCAACUUUUACUGCAAUCACAGUCGUACACCAAACCGGCGUCCAAAAAUUUUUAUCACUUCCAACGUACAAAGACUUUGUUUGGUCAGUCGCAUAUGUCGUGAUUAGUUUAUGCUGCGUCCAAACUUUCGGCGUUUUCAUUGGUCUGGAAAUUUACGCGAAAUAUAAAGAGUGUGAUCCCCUUUCUAGUAAACAAAUCCAAAAACAUGAACAGCUGCUACCUUUCUUCGUGACGCAAAUAGCGUCAAAUAUACCGGGCGUUUGUGGUCUGCUUGUGGCAGCAAUAUGUAGUGCUUCUCUGAGUUCAAUGUCGUCGAAUCUGAACGCGCUGGCUGCUGUCAUCUACAAAGAACUUGUUUGUAAAUUCUUACAAGAUAAGUCCGAAACACGGUCUACUUUUGUUUUAAAAAUAAUUGUUUUACUGAUGGGAAUUGUGGGUACUUGUUUGGUUUUUGUAUUGGAACGACUAGGAGAAAUACUUAGCGUUAUGUCGUUGGUUUUUGGAAUUGCACAAGGACCUUUACUCGGGCUAUUUUCACUUGGAAUGUUAGUUCCUCGGGCUAAUUCAAAGGGUGCUUUCUUUGGAACUCUUGGUGGUUUUAUAUCAAUAUUGGGUCUAACGAUUCCUUCUAAAUAUUACAUGUUGAAAGGUCUAAUAAAAACCCCAACAAAAUCGCUCUCUACCAGUGGCUGUAGUUACAACCAAUCACUUUGGAGCAACGUCAGUUCGACAAUACUCCACAAACCAGUACCAAGUCAAUCGAUUCCAGUCGAACCAAAUGCAAUUUUCAAGACAUCGUUCUUCUUCUAUACACUAUUUGGUGCGAUUAUGACAUUCAUUUUCGGUCUGGUGAUCAGUUACGUCACCACAGCUGAUCCUCCAGUGGACGAAAAUCUUCUAAGUCCGGUUUGUCGGUUUAGAAAAUCAAAACGAAGGGCAGACGGCACGUAUUUAGGUGUCGAAGAAGCUUUGCAAACUUUGGAAAAAUAAAUUUGAACACUUCAUUAUGACCGUUUCUCGAAAUUAUUUGAAACUGAUUACGAUUUGAAGUUAAAAGUUAAUAUUUUUACCAAUUUUAUUAACAUGUUAAUUCUAUAAAAAUAA